ACAGCGCAACGUAGAGUACAGUUUCAGAUCCUUACCUUACGCCGCUUGCUUUUGUCUUCUUCUUCUUCUUCCUUCUUUCUUCCGCUCUGUUUCACUGAAAUCGCUUCCUUCCUUUUUCUCUUUCAACAGUUUCUUCCAUUUUCUCCCUUUUUGAUCUUCAUUUCUUCCUUUCAUUUUCCCUCAACAAUCUUCAAUCAACGCUGCCAAUCCAAUUCAGACACCCACAUCUGUUACCAUUUCAGAAAAUUUUCUUGUUGCUCCGGAUUUUCUGCCGCCGGUUAGCUAAUCGGAAUAUUCUUCUCCACGGAGGUGGUUCUUCUUCUCUUUCGAUGUCUUCUUCUUCGCUUUCAUGGUUCUUGUUCUUUUCCCUUUCGUUUACUUUUUCUGGUACAAGCGGCUCGGUUUCCUAUGAUGCAAUGUCGCUCCUCAGGUUUAAGGGCUCUAUUUCGCUAGACGGCUCUGGCGUUCUUCGUGGUUGGAAUUUGUCGGUUUCUCACUGCGAUUGGUUUGGAGUUACUUGCGAUGGUGUUACUGGUAGAGUUGUUGCGCUGAAUAUCAGUGGAAGUGGUGGUGUUAUGGCGGCGGAUUCUGUUCUGGCUGGGACGUUGAAUCCGGCGAUUGGAAAUCUUACUGAGCUUCGUGUUCUUUCGCUUGUGAAUAAUCUGAUGUACGGGGAGAUUCCGAGGAGUGUUGGUAAGCUUCAGUCGUUGGAGGUUCUAGAGCUUCAGGGGAACAAUUUCUCUGGAGAGAUUCCGAAACAGAUUAGGUCACUUCGAUCUCUUCGCCUGCUUAAUUUGUCUGAUAACUCGUUUUCUGGCUCGAUUCCGAGUAAAUUGAUAGGUUCGACGAAAUUAGAAGCAAUUGAUUUAUCGUACAAUCAGUUAUCUGGUAGUAUUCAAGUUGUUGGUAAUAGGUGUGGUGUUUUGAAUCAUUUGAGGCUUUCGCAUAACUUUCUGACCGAUAACAUUCCGGCGGAGAUUGGACAAUGUCGGAAACUCAGGACUCUGUUGCUCGAUGGCAAUAUAUUAGAGGGACAAAUUCCGGCUGAGAUCGGCCAAAUAUCAGAACUCAGAAUUCUUGAUAUAUCUAGGAAUAGCCUCACCGAUUCGAUUCCAAAAGAGCUCGGUAACUGCCGGAAGUUGUCACAGAUCGUGUUGACGAAUUUGAACGCCAUCAAUUCCGACUACGAUAGUUUAAGCGGCGAAUUCAACGCUUUCAAUGGAGGAAUUCCUUCCGAGUUGUUAUUGCUUCCCAGUCUACAAGUUUUUUGGGCGCCGAGAGGUAAUUUUAAUGGAAAAUUGCCGAAUAAUUGGAGUUCUUCAUGUUCGCUUAGGGUUCUAAAUUUAGGGCAAAAUUACAUCACUGGAACCAUACCCGAAUCGAUUGGGAACUGUGCGAAUCUUACCUACCUGGAUUUAUCCUCAAACAAGCUACAGGGUAACCUCCCUGUGCGGCUUCGAGUUUCCUGUAUGGCGUAUUUUAAUGUAAGCCAGAACAAAAUUUCUGGUGUUCUUCCCAGAUUUGAGAAAGAUAGCUUCUGUAUGAACAUGAUUCCGCAUGAACCAGCUUCCAGAUUCUUAGAUGAUGAAGAUAAUUGGAACUCUUACAUCAAUUCCCCUGUCUGGGAUUUCCCAAGAUUAAAUGAUAAUCUCAUAAUCGCCCAUGAUUUUAGCUGGAAUAGGUUCAGUGGAUCAUUAACUUCGUUCAAAGUCGGAGAAGUGCUUUUGGCUAAUGGUCACAAGUUCUCAUACAAACUGUUGCUUAAUAGCAACCAGUUCAAUGGAUCACUUCCCAUCGAUCUUGUCUCGAACUGUAACGAUAUGACGAGCGUUUCGGUUAACUUGAGUUCAAACUUAGUAUCAGGUGAGAUUUCUGAUGCAUUUUUCCUCCAUUGUCGACAGAUGAUCGAGUUUGAAGCUGCAAGCAAUGAAUUAGAUAACUCAAUUGGACCUGGAAUUGGUGACUUGCAGAGGCUUGUUCAUCUCAACUUGAGAGAGAAUAGAUUAUCUGGAGUUUUACCUGAUCAGUUGGGGAACUUGCAGAGUUUGAAAUGGAUGCUUUUGGGUGGAAAUAAUUUGUCUGGAGAGAUUCCAUCUCGACUUGGUCGAUCGACUUCUCUAGUGAGUUUAGAUCUUUCUCGAAACGAAUUUACAGGAGUUAUCCCUGAAAGCUUAUCAUAUGCUUCUAGACUUGAGAUUCUGUUGCUUGAUCAUAACUGGUUAUCUGGGGAAAUACCAGCAUCUUUCUCUGCUCUUUCUCAUCUCACUAAAUUGGAUGUCUCUUUUAACAACCUUUCUGGCCACAUUCCUCAUCUUCAGCACAUGAUUGACUGCAUUUACUUUGAUGGGAAUAAGUUUCUGCAUCCAUGCCCCGAGUCGUACUCCGACUCCCCAGCUGGACUUCCAGUUCCUCUCAACGUUGAGAAGUGGAAGAGACAAAGAAAGUUCAUGUCCAUGGUAAUCGCUGUGGCUGCUUCCUCAACUCUAAUUUGCUUACUCUUAAUGAUAGCUGUUAUUAUCAUUGUUAAGAAAAGGCUUGAUAGACAAAAUAGGUUAAAGAAAAGACAAGUGGUGACUUUCUCUGAUGCUCCGUCCGAUCUGAAUUAUGAUAAUGUUGUCCGAGCGACCGAGAAUUUCAGCCUUCGCUACCUAAUCGGUACUGGUGGCUUUGGGUCGACAUACAAGGCUGAACUGCCCUCAGGUUUCCUGGUUGCUGUUAAGAGACUGUCCAUUGGUAGGUUUCAAGGAGGCAUCCAACAAUUCGACGCGGAGAUUCGAACACUGGGAAGAAUACGACACAAAAACCUUGUAACUCUUCUCGGGUACUACGUCGGAGAGGCUGAAAUGUUCUUAGUUUACAACUAUCUUUCUGGUGGGAACCUUGAGACCUUCAUUCAUGAAAAAUCGUGCAAACACGUAAAGCACUCGGUAAUCCAUAAGAUCGCUUUGGACAUAGCGAGGGCUCUUGCAUACCUUCAUUACUCCUGUGAUCCUAGGAUUGUUCAUAGAGACAUCAAGCCUAGUAACAUCCUGCUUGAUGAAGACCACAACACCUUCAUAUCAGAUUUUGGGUUAGCCAGGCUUCUUGAGGUAUCAGAGACUCAUGCCACAACAGAUGUGGCAGGAACAUUUGGAUAUGUUGCACCAGAAUACGCAACCACUUGCAGGGUCUCGGAUAAGGCCGAUGUUUAUAGCUUUGGAGUUGUGCUCCUAGAGUUGCUUUCUGGAAAAAGGUCGCUCGAUCGAUCCUUUUCCGACUUUGGAAACGGAUUUAACAUUGUUACAUGGGCAAAAAUGCUGAUCAAGGAAGGUCGUUCUUCUGAGCUUUUCACUCCUGAACUUUGGGAAAUGGGACCUGAGGAACACUUACUUGGAAUGUUAACACUCGCGUCUAAUUGCACAGUUGAAAUUCUCGCUCUUCGACCGUCGAUGAAGCAGGUCGUCGAGACACUGAAACAGUUGUAAAUUUCUUAGGAUCACUGACUCACUCUUCAACUGGUUGCUGACUCAAAAUGACAGAGCAUGCCAUCCCUACAUUACAACCAAUCGUACAUAUUGAGAUGAAUUCUUUCACCCAGGUUCAUUUUCUAAGCCCUCUAGCUUAAAUGAAAAGUUCUGUCUCCCAUGUUUGAUAGUUA